GCUGUCCAUUCCAAGAAGAGUCGGGAUCGAGCAAGAAUGCACAGCACUCGACCUUGCUCAUCUAUCCUUGCUGCCGAUUAUCGGUACUACCAAGCACAGUGCCUCCACCCCACCCCACGAGGUUUCCACAACAACCGUUCGGUCUGUUUCAAUUCUCACGUUAGAUAGGUAGACGAUAACCUAACAGCACCCAUGUCGUCCGAUAAGAAGCCCACAGACGAUGAUAAACCUGGAACCACCGGUCUCAAUGAGGACGAGGUUGGAAAACUUGGCGACCAAUCUGGUGAAAAUGCAAACGAAGAACCAUCUAGCGAAUCUCCCAGAACACCAACUCCCGCCUCUGUUGCUGCUAUGCCAGGAGAUGGCGGAGAGAAGAAGCUUAGUUCAAACGAAUCGAUGCAAACGGACGAACAACCCAGCCCUGCUUCUGGUAUCGCUGCCUCUGGUGCCACAAAGGCAUCAGCCAGCACGCCCGCCCCGCAAACGGAUCAGGUAGACGAGAAGGAGAAGAAGAAGAAUACCGUGGCGUCUCUUCGUGAUAACCUUGCUCGAGCCAGUGGUAGUAGCACUGCCUCGUCUUGUCGAAUCUCCCGCUCGGAGCGUCUGAGCAACACGUCUUGCGAUGGUGACGACUCGAAGCGGCGCAACAGUGGCAUGGAUCCUUCCCUUCGCCCUGGGGCGUACUCCCAGGCUCCUGGACAGGAGAUGCAACGGAAUGAUACGGUAGAAUACAAGGUAUACUACGAUCCCAGUCGUCUUAGUAGUCAGUCACUCCCAGAAUUCAAGGAACUAGACGCAGAAGAAGAAAAAGAGGAAAUCACUUCGCCAUUCGAAGAGGACGACGAUCGAAAACCUCCGGCAAGAAAAAGUUAUCCUGAUAAGGCCAAGAAGAGUGAUCCUGAUAAGGCCAAGAAGGGCGAUCCUGCUGCCAAGAAGAACGCUCAUGAUGCAAGAUUGAACGAUCCUGCUGCCAAGAAGACAGGUCCCGAUGCCAAAAAACAAGAUCCCACGAUGGCCAAGCAACUAGAUACUCCGUCGUUGGGAAGGGUAACGUCCGCACCUCAGCCUUCCCGUCUGUCAAGAGAAUCACUAGAGCUGAGGAAAGCGGCACUCUCUCUCACUCUGGCUUCGUGCCGAAGCUUGAUCACUAGCUCCUCCACCAAGACCAUUUCCAGCAUUUUAGAACACGAAAAGUCUACCGAAUUCACAAUGGACAACAACGCCGAGCUUUCCGUUCCUGAUCCUACAAGUAAUUUCAAUCAUGCAUAUUUUGGUGAUAUUGAGACUGCCUUGGGCGCUGAAACCGAUCAUACUAUGGAUAUGACCGAGCACACGAGCUCUUCACUACCUGUUGCAGCGGAAGUGGUCAAGUCUCCGGAUGCACUCGAAGAAGAAAUUCGAGAACGCGUGGUUGAAGAACUCGCGAAUAGCUGCACCUUUGCAGAAGCGGUUAAAGCUGAAGGAGAAGCAGAAGCUACCAGCAAACAACGCUCUUGGCUGGUUACUGUUGUCGUGGCAGUGCUAGUAGUCGUUGUUGUGAUUGUGGUUGGCGUUGUGCUAGGAGUUGUUCUUUCUGGGACCGAUGAUCCUGAGGAGAGCAGGAGUACAAGCACCAACACGUUGGCACCUACUGUUGUUGCAACCACGACUUCGGAUGUUGUGGCGAAACAGAAUGAUACCAGUGUGUUCGCAACAAAUGCCACUGAAACUUCCAGCGUUCUUGAUGACAGCCAAGGCAGCAACAAAGAUGAUGAUGACUCUGUAUUAUCAUUGUUGUCAGACAACAGCACCAUUGCAGUCAUUCCUGAGACUAUCUGCUAUGAGAGGGCACCUAUGAUGGGAUGGAGUGCUGUUUGCGAGCCUCAAACCAUCGGUAGUGCUGUUACUAAUUUGGUUGCGGCAUCUCGUCUGUGGAGCAUACCUGAGGCCAACAUCUCCAUUCUCAAUGCCGGCGAGGUGAAAUCUGACAUGUUGGAGGGAAACUUUACGUUGGGAAUGGCCAAAGACGUGCUACCCUACCAAAGUAAUACACUUGUUGCAGUCCAGCUGGAAGGUGCCUACAUCAAGAUUGUCUUGGAACGUGGGCUUCAGCGUCUGUUUGAUGAUAUUGAUCUCUUCCAAACGGUUGGUCGAGCCUUCUCAGGUGGCUCUUAUCCCUAUGCAGCUGGUAUCCGCUAUGCUGUUGACAUGACUCAGCCCUUUCCGCGGCGCAUGUCCAAUAUUGAAGUCUACACAGGAUCAUCAGUGCUACCACCGAGUGCGAAUGACGACGACUCAUUGUGGGCGCCCAUACAAAUGGAAGGAGUUGUGUACACAGUAGUGACAAACUCAUACCUGGCAAGUGGUGGUGAUGGUUUCCAUGAGUUCAAUAGCCGAGACUUCUACCGCAACGAAACAGAAUUGAAUUCACUUGAGGAAUUUGUGGCUUACUGCCAAACCCAAGAGAUCCUUCUGACUCCCUCACAAAGCCAUUUCUCAACUCAAUCCUACUCUCACGAUCCAAGCAUCAAGUACUGUGGUUGUGAUACAGGUGUCUACAAUGAAUCUACGAGGAUAUAAACAAGCACUUGUAACUACUUAUUCUAAAGGUUUCGUGUAAUGCAUG